AUGACGAUAGGUUCUCUGAUCAGAGACCAGUGGUUGUUCACUGUCGGAGGAGCCUUCAGCUGCAAGCUUGCUGCCUUUCUUGACAACACUGUCAUAGGCUGCAGUGUAUGGUUCCUGGCUCUCAGUUCCUUUGAUAGAUACGUCUAUAUCUGCAGACCACUCAGAUAUUCCACUAUCAUGACCACUUUACGGAUGAGAUGUUCUGCCACGUUUGUAUGGGCCAGCUCCCUGGUGCUGUCCUGUAUGCCACUCAUGUUCUGGGGGAAGUACAGCUACUCGGUUCACUCCUACAACUGUGGACUCAGCUUUGGAGACGGCGUCCACAAGUACUAUUUCCUGUUUUACGCGGUGACAGUGAUUCUGAUACCGGUUACCUUCACCGUCUUCAACUUCACCGGGAUCCUCAUCGACCUUAACUCUUCGUCUCUAGGAGAUGGGAGGAAGAUGCUCGACUCUAAUAAGGGUGCUAUCUUAACCCUAUUAGUGCUGACUCUAGCGUUUGUUAUUUGCUCUCUUCCUCUCUUCGUGACAGCCAUCAUCCUGUGGUUUGAUCCUACCAAGGCUGAGAACGUCCCUCCUGAAAUAAGCAUAGCAUUCCACUGGAUGUUAUACAUGAACAGUGCGGUGAACCCUCUCCUCUACGGACUGUUCAACCCCAAACUGAGGAACCACUACAUUAGUAUUCUGACAUGCAAGGACAAGAACAAAGUUUCCUGGGUUCAGUCGAUAAGAAGGCCAAAGAAGAAGAAACACAUGAAACUGGUUAUAGCUGAGCCUCCAACAGUGAUAAACGGUACACAUGGUAUAAACGGGAACAACAACGCUCCAAGGACCGCUAAACCCCAUCAGACCAACAACAAAGUUGGAGUCAUAGAUGUUAAUUGUGAGCAGUGAGUGUGUUUAUUUUGGGGUUACUUUACUCAUUAAUGAGGCAGUUAUAUCAUGUAAGGAUUCUCGAAUAAUUGCUGAUGCGUAUAUAUAUUCGAAAAUUACAAAGAAACUUGAGAAUUUGGAUGAGCAAUAAAUUAAGAGACGUUAUUAAGCAUGUUUUCAAGUGAUGCACACAUCAAACUAUACUAAUUAAUGUUUUAAAACUAGGCAAUGAAUAUUGAACUAGAUAAAUAUUGAAACUAGAUAAAUAUUGAAAUAUUGAACUAACAAAUAUCGUGAAGAGUCUGUGUUUAAUAAUAAAUUACAAUUUAUGGUGUGUUACUGUUAAUCUCAAAUAUUUGUCAGUUAUAUUUUUAAAUCUCGAGCAUAAUAUCGGUGUAGAUAAUAUAACAAAGGUUUGUUUAAAAUGGAAUAAUUUCGCCUAUUGUUUUUAAUUAAAAUAUGUAUAACUAUAACUGAUAAGGUUUAGCGUUAAAUUUGAUUUUACAACAAAACAUUGCAUCUUUGGUGUUAAAAAAGGUUAUGUUUUAAACAUUUUUGGCGCCACCCAGUUAUUAGAACACUGAAAUAAUUUUCGCGAUAUGUUUUAUUAUUAUAAUUAUAUUACUUUCGUAUGUACUGUUAUAUCAGAUACUGUAUUUUAAUUGAAAAAAAAGUUGUUUCAUUGUGCAAAAUUAUAAAAUUAGACACAUUUUAAAUCACAAUUAAAAUGCGGGUAUUUUGUGUUCAUGUUGAAUAAAACACAAUUAAAAUGCGGGUAUCUUCUGUUCAUGUUGAAUAAAAGAUACCCGCAUAAAACAGUGAUCGGUUUCAGGUUUAUACUUUUAUAAUUAUAGCUCACGCUCUGCAGCUUCAAAUAUGACUUAAACUACAUAUUCUCUGUAAGAUAUAACU